AGCACCAGCGCGAAGAUGAAGCCCGCAGCUAACUGGUACUGGCUGGGCUCAGCUCUCUUUGCUGCUUAUGGUUUUUCGGUAGUGGCAAACAAUGAAACAGAGGAAAUUAAAGAUGAAACAGCAAAGGACGCUUGCCCGGUGAGGCUAGAAAGCAGAGGGAAAUGUGAGGAGAGAGGAGAGUGCCCCUACCAGGUGAAUCUGCCCCCGCUGACUAUUCAGCUCCCGAAAGAGUUCGGCAGGAUCGAGGAGAUGUUUAAAGAAGUCCAGAACCUCAAGGAGAUUGUAAGUAGCCUAAAGAAAUCUUGCCAAGACUGCAAACUGCAGGCUGACGACAACCGAGACCCAGGCACGGGAGCCCUGGGGGAGGCUGGUGACAACAGAGUUAGAGAAUUGGAAAGCGAGGUUAACAAGCUGUCCUCUGAUCUAAAGAAUGCAAAAGAGGAGAUCGACGGACUUCACGGUCGCCUGGAGAAGCUGAAACUUGUAAAUAUGAACAACAUAGAAAAUUAUGUUGACAGCAAAGUGGCAAAUCUAACAUUUGUUGUCAAUAGUUUGGAUGGCAAAUGUUCAAAGUGUCCCAGCGAAGAACAAAUACAGUCACGUCCAGUUCAACAUCUAAUAUAUAAAGAUUGUUCUGACUAUUAUGCAAUAGGCAAAAGAAGCAGUGAGACCUACAGAGUCACACCUGAUCCCAAAAAUAGUAGCUUUGAAGUUUACUGUGACAUGGAGACCAUGGGGGGAGGCUGGACAGUGCUGCAGGCACGUCUUGAUGGAAGCACCAACUUCACCAGAACAUGGCAAGACUACAAAGCAGGCUUUGGAAACCUCCGAAGAGAAUUUUGGCUGGGCAAUGAUAAAAUUCAUCUUCUGACCAAGAGUAAGGAAAUGAUUCUGAGGAUAGAUCUGGAAGACUUUAAUGGUAUCAAACUAUAUGCCUUGUAUGAUCAGUUUUACGUGGCUAACGAGCUUCUCAGAUACCGUUUACAUGUUGGUAACUAUAAUGGCACAGCUGGAGAUGCUUUACGUUUCAGUAAAUAUUACAACCACGAUAUGAAGUUUUUCACCACCCCAGAUAGAGACAAUGAUCGAUAUCCCUCUGGGAACUGUGGGCUCUACUACAGUUCGGGCUGGUGGUUUGAUGCAUGUCUCUCUGCAAACUUAAAUGGCAAAUAUUAUCACCAAAAAUACAAAGGUGUCCAUGAUGGGAUUUUCUGGGGCACCUGGCCUGGUAUGAGUGAGGCACAACCUGGUAGCUACAAAUCCUCCUUCAAAGAAGCCAAAAUGAUGAUUAGACCCAAGCACUUUAAGCCAUAAAUUGCUAGUUCUCAUUCCUCCAGGUAUUCAUUAUCUAAUAGCAUCAAUUAAUUCCUUCAUCACUCUGAAACUGAAAUAUGCCUUGUUUUCUAUUCCUUUUACACAUGGCUAAAAAAUUAUCUCUGAAUAGUAGGUUCUUAAUGCCACACAGCAUUUGAAAUAAAGCUGAAAAAUACGCA